GGAACGUUCUGACUGUGACAUUGGUUCCCACGUGCAGCAGGAUGUGUGUUUGUUUCCCCUCGGAACUUCCUGUUAAUGACUUGAGCCCACAUGUGCAGCCGGGAAGCGGACUGUCAUCCGCCAGAACCUCCUUCGCUAUGUUUAAUGAUGUGGAUGACCUGGCUGCUUAUGAAGAUGAACUGUAUCGUGAAGAGUCUUCCAGUGAGGAGAGCAUUGACAGCGAGGUGGAAACCUACCUUUAUAGCCAGGUGCACUAUUCCCAGGAUCUCAGCAAGGGCGACAUACUAGAUGAUCAGGAGAAAGAGGAUGAUGUUGUGGAGAAAGUGGGCAACCUAAAGACCAGCUCCCAUGAAAAGAAAUCUGUGAUUGUGAUUUCUGACAGUGAUGAUAUAAGGGCUACAGACUCUUCUGCGGUGGUCAUCCUUUCUGACAGUUUGGAAGAAGACAUUGUGUACCGUUCCAAGACUAAGUAUAACGUAACAUCAGCAAUAAGACAGCCAGAGAACCGAUCAACUCCUAAAGCCUCACCUAAGAAGAAGAAGAAGUUGUCUAAACUUAAAGGAGCAAAGUCUCCAGACACUGGCAAAAGUUACAAAGGUGGGAUUGUCCAGGAAGUUCUUGUGAUCAGAGGAAGUUCAGAAGAGGAAGAUGCGGCGGUCAGUGAAGUGUGUCUAACAUCCGAUAGUGAUGUGGAAAAUUGGAUGUUGCUGGGACGAGCAAGAGAGGAAGGAGAUACUAGCAUUCAGCUGAAUCUUAGGGGCUACAGAUCUGCACCAUGGGAAGGUGACGAUGGAGUGGACUGGUCGGUUAUUGAGAGGGAUUCCGCGGCUCAGGUCUCCAACUUUACUCCACAACGGCGUUUCAGCAACCGGUACUAUACAGGAGAUAAAAAUGUCAUAUGCAGGAAUUGUAAUUAUCGUGGACAUCUGUCGAAAAAUUGUCCUCAGCCUAAGAAAUUGCCAGCUUGUUGCCUUUGUGGUAGAAGAGGACAUCUGCAAUACCAUUGUCCAUUGCCGUAUUGUUCAAACUGUUUUAUGCCUGGCCACUUACACCAAGAAUGUACUGAGCGCCCUUACUGGCAGAAAAAAUGCCAUCGCUGUGCCAUGGUCGGCCAUUAUGCAGAUGCUUGCCCAGAAAUAUGGAGGCAGUACCACCUAACUGUGGUACGGGGACCAGUGAAGAAAUCCAACUCUGCUUCUACCCCAAAAGAGAUUAUCUACUGUUGUAAUUGUGGCAGGAAAGGACAUUGCGGUUAUGAGUGCAACCAAAGGAGAAUGUAUAGCACAGUGUACCCCAACUGUGAGCUUGUGUUCACCUAUGAUCAGAAACACGACAUCUGGAAAAGGGAUCAGAGGGCAAAACGGAGGUUGAAAGAGCUUCAAGAAGCUGGUCUGGUAUUAGAGGCUGGAGAACCAUGCAUAGAAGAUACUGUACAUAAUACACAACUUCCAAAUAAAAUGAGCAAAAAGAGUAAGAGAAAGAACAAAAGGCAAAAGAAAGCGGACAAUCGUCUUGGCAUGCAGUUCAAAAAGAAAAAAAGGAAAAGUUUUCUGCAACAUCUAGACGCUGAAGAAUAUUUUAUCAGGGGAGAUUCAGAAAAGCCCAAAAAAGUUAGAAUAGCCCAUGAAAGAAAAAAGCCUACACAUUUGUUGUUUAAAGACUUCAGCAACAAUGAGGGAGUAGAUGGUGAGCUGAAAAAAGGCAAAAAGAAAUGCAAGAAACGAAAAAAUUGCGCUGUAGAUGAGAGCUUACUUAUAAUUAAGCAAAGGAAAAAGAAAUCCAAACCUGUUAAAUAGCUGCUGAACAGGAUGAGAAGACUUUACAUAGCAAAAUUACUGAUCUAAAAUUCUGAUAUAUGUAUUUAACAUGUGCCAUAAAAGUUUCCCUUUGUUCCGUACCCCUGUUUUGGAGAAGUAAUAUUUUUCACUCUCAGGGAAAAUCAGCUAUGUUGUAGAAUGACAGUUACCUAUUCAAAUAACAUUUUAUAAAAUUUAUAAAAUCUAAAAAUAAAGCAUUGCUCUGUU